UAUUCCUGUUCCCACAAUGCACUGCGAAGUAGCAUGGCCGACUCUUUCCGAGGAGUGUAAUCCAAACGAAGAUGAAUGUGCUGUUUCCGUCAUAUAUGAGCUGACAUUCCUUCAAAAAACAAUCUAAUGCUCAAGUCUGUGAAGUUUAUUUUACAGAUUAUGUUUGUGUAAUCUCGCUGUUAGGAGCCGACGAGUCUCUGCGUUUAUAUCCGCACCUACCUGUGACAGCUGACCAGAGCCAAGAUGGCUGGAGUCGUAGCCAAGCGCGAGGGGCCACAGUUCAUCAGCGAAGUGGCUGUGAGGGGCAACGCCGCUGUGCUGGACUACUGCCGCACCUCUGUAUCUGCCCUGUCUGGAGCAACAGCUGGCAUCCUGGGGCUGACUGGACUCUAUGGCUUUAUUUUUUACUUCCUCUCAGCGUUUCUCCUCUCCCUGUUGCUCAUUCUCAAGGCCGGACGGCGGUGGAACAAAUUCUUCAAAUCACGGCGGCUGCUCUUCACCGGGGGCCUUGUCGGAGGUCUUUUCACUUACGUCCUUUUCUGGACUUUCCUCUACGGGAUGGUGCAUGUGUACUAAAAUGAUCUUCAACAAAUAACCCUGAAUUAAUCCUAUCUAAUGCAAUGUAAACCAAUAAUAUUGUCUGUCCUGCUGUUUGUAGAUAAGCCAUUAGUAAAGACUUUUUUCUGUUAACAACUGUUGAUUUUAGAGGACGUUUUAACAAUAAUGUGCAAAAUAAAUUGUCCUCUUGUCCUUUUGCUCCACACUUAGCAGUGACUAUGAACUUAUCUAACCUUUAACCCCUGCUCUGUGCUUGAUAUUAUGCCUACCAGGACAAUAGUAGUAAUGAUAAUGUAGGCUGUAGUGUCACAUAGAUCAAAAGAGAUUACAUACACACAAGUUGUAAGAACUUUGUAUUACACUUCAUGUACAAUACUGUGGUUAAAUUAUAACAGAUCUAAGUACUGAUUUAAAUAAAUACCUCUGUACAAUU